AUGCCUACCAUGCUUGGACUUACCACCGACCAGUCCCCACACGGACUCAACAGUCGGGACGGUAACGGCAACAUGGAACUCGCCUCCAGCGGCAAGGCCAGCCUGACGCCUGGACUGAAGUCGGACUUCUUCACUAAGGGCGCCCCAAAGCACGAAGAGGAAGACAGCGACGACGAUGACGAACCACCCCUCAAUACCAUCAAGGGCCGCAACCACGCCGCCGCCAAGGAGAUGGAGACGCUGCUCUGGCGCGCCCUCUGCGACAAGCCCAAGAGCGCUCUCCUGUAUAUGGGCAAGGAUGCCAUUGUCUCGAACCGCUUUCUCUUCGAUGACCCGACGCCACGCACCAAGGACUCGGACCCGCCUCUCGAAGAGGAACUCAAGCACUGCAACGAGUGGCUGGCGUACAAGAUGCACGAUCCUCAAGUUGUCGAAAUCGACUUGAUGGCCGUUGCAAUAGCUUACCGCGUGACCCUGUUCCGACAAGUCAAGAAGGGGAAGGGGAAGUCCGGUAUGCAGACAGUGGAGGCGACCGUGUCGAGUUCCUGGAGACAGGUUGCAAGUGGAGACUGGGAGUUGUGCAGCAUGUUUGCUGCGUAG